CAUCCACCCUUGCACAGGCUGCGCCUUUAACGAGUAGAAUUGGAAGGAAACCAUCGAUUCUUCUCGCUGACAACGCAGAGGGGUAUCAGCUGGAAGUUGAAAGCCAAACCCGCUGGUGUCUACCAUUACCUAGUGAGCCAUCAUGAGCGAGGAAUCCAUGGAGAACUUGAUCAAAAAGGCCAAACUGGCCGAGCAAGCAGAGCGGUAUGACGACAUGGCUGCAGCGAUGAAGUCUGCAACUGAGAUGAGUGACAAGGAACUGAGCAGUGAGGAGCGCAACCUGCUUUCUGUGGCCUACAAGAAUGUAGUUGGGGCCCGUCGUUCUUCUUGGCGUGUCAUUACAAGCAUUGCAGGGAAGGCCGACGAUGACAAAAAAAAGGAAUUGGCCAAAGAGUACCAGGAGAAAAUUGAGGCAGAGCUCAAGGGAAUCUGCCAGGAUGUCCUGGAUCUCUUGAAACUUCAUCUCAUUCCAAAAACCUCUUCGGUGGAGAGCAAAGUCUUCUAUUUGAAAAUGAAAGGCGACUACCACCGCUACCAGGCCGAAGUGGCAACGGGGGAAGACAAGCAGGAAAUCAUCAAAGCUGCGGAACAAGCCUAUGAUGAGGCUUCUCAAACAAGCAGGAACCAUCUGGUGCCCACACACCCAAUUCGUCUUGGUCUUGCACUCAAUUUCUCUGUAUUUUACUAUGAGAUCCUCAACUCGCCUGAAAAGGCCUGCCAACUGGCUAAAUCGGCUUUUGAUGAUGCCAUUGCCGAGCUAGACCAGCUGCAAGAAGAUGCUUAUAAGGACAGCACGCUUAUCAUGCAGCUACUGAGAGACAACUUGACAUUGUGGACAUCUGAGAACGAGGGUGAAGAUGUAUAGAAACCCAGAGAUCAAGCAAAACUCUGUUUGUCCUCUGUGUCCACCUGCCAUCAUCCUGAUUCUUAUUCAUCAGUACAUUGAGACCACCAUAACAUUAUUGUUGGCCUGCUCUCUCCAAACUGACUUUAAUUCAGCUCUGUUAAAACUCAUAUCACUCCUAUGGGCUUAGGUUUACAUGUUUCCUUUUGUCGAAAUUUUGAGGAUGAGGGCAUGGGCUACAGUUGGAAUUUAAUGGGUGCUUGUAUUGUUGGCUGCUAAUCGGGCGACUUUUUUUCCCUUAGGGAUGUAGAUUUCAUACUACUACGGUGGCGGGUCCCAUAGCAAGUUCUCAACUCUUAAAAAUAAGAAACAGUUAUAGUGUGUGUGUGUGUGUGUGUGUGUCAUUUUAUGUUUGUGGUUUUGAUCCACUUACAUUAUAUUAAAGGUGAAUAGCACAAAUAUCCCCUCACAAGAUAGGGGACGUCGGCUGCUCAAUAGACAGGAAUGAAAGCAGAUUACAAAACUCACAGGUUACAUUCCACCACUGUCAAAUGCUUGAACUUUCCACUGUUUGAAUUUCUUUGCGUGUGUGGGGGGCGGUAGGGCGGGGGUGAUGAAGAAGGCUUUGUUUUGGUGAUUUCCCUUUUUAUAUUUCAAUGUAGAAGUUACAAAUUUUGGAUUCCACGCCUUUUUACUGGUUUUCUUUUGGCACAGAAAAUGAUGCUUGUUACUUUUUUCUACUUUGCAUUUACUACUCUCCCUUUUGUCAAUCCUGUCAGUAAGACAAUUUGCAGAAAUGUGAGAGGUUUUGUCAGGUUAGCUGGCUUUGUACGCUUGAUUUGGAAUCACUCAAGCGAUCCAUUUUUUUUUUUUUUUUUUUUUUUUUUUUGGAGGGGUGAUGUGGAAGUAAAAUAAAGAAUGAACAUAAUUAAAAAUUUUAAUUUGUCAGGUUCAGAAGUUUGACCGGAGCACUGUCUUUAUUUAACAGUACUCUGUCCACAGGAAUAAUUAAUUGUAUACAAAUCAAGAGAGGAUUUUCAAUGUUUAGUUUUCAUGAUGUAAUUCAGUGAUGUUUGUAGACUUUAUCUCACUAAUAUCAGUAUCUUCAUGUAAAAUGUUGAACAUUUGCUUUGCUGAUCAAAGGUGGUUAUCCAAAAAUGCAGACCGAACAAAAUCUACAGCGGACGUUUACAGCAACCACACCUGAACAAACCAUGUGCCAAGGUUACAAAGAGAAGAAUAUACAUAAAAACUUAUGUGAGCAUCUUUUUCUCUUUUAAUAUAACUGUAUUUGUGGAAAAACAUUGUAGCUCCUGAGUAGACCUAAUUUCUAAAGUCCCUGUAAAGUACAAAUAAAUAUCUUGUAAAUUUGA